UCUUAUGGAAGCGUGUGAUAAAGGCGAUAGCAAACAGCUAAAACAACUCUUACCCCAAGAAUUGCGUCUCCGGUGUUGUUUUUCCCUGCUCUCUACCCAUGGGUACCGAUGUUCUAGUCAGUCCAGCCCCUCACGCACCAACCCACUGUCGACCAUCAACUGUAGGAUGGAAGAAACCACGUCAAACUGGAAUGCUUUGUCGCGCGGUGGGAUUUCAACACAAGCGGUAACCUCUGCGCUGGCUAUCGGUUCUGGCAGUGUGCUGCUUGGCAAACGACUCCUUAGCGCCACAUCGGAUACAGUCAAUCAGGCAGUCGGAGUGUUACAGUCAAUAACGAAGCUGUUAACCGGUACUUCUAGUUCGGGCUCGGUUGGAUGGCCGUUGGAAAACUUGCUGAGUCGCAUCGAAUUGGCUUCGUGGUUCAGAACCUGUUCAGAACGGCUGUUGCUACUCUGCGUUCAUCGAAAUUUCUUCGAUGGCCUUCAGCGCCUCCUUCAACUGGGUUUAUGCAUAUCUCCCAUCCCACUGGCCAAUUCUAGCUUGCGUCCUCACGAUAUACCUGUUUGGACGGCUUCGGAUUCCAUCAGUCGUUUGUUCGUGCAAGGGGACCUUCUGCCGCGUACCAGUCGGACCCAUUUCGUGGUUCGUCCUUGGUCCGAAUCGGUCGAAGAAGAUGUGGAUAGUGCUCUCCAUGCUGCCGUGCGCUUUGGUCGGAUAGAUCUUGUGAAUCUGAUUCUUGAGGGUCGUCCGAAAGGGUCUGUUUCCUCUGAGGGACCAUCGCACUUUUGGAGCAGCCCUUAUGCUUAUUGGAUCGCCGCAGCUCCAGGGUUUCAGGAUAACGCGACCUGUGAUAUGUUGUUUUUUUCGUCCAAGUGGGAUCCAGCUGCUUCCAAAAUAUCCCUUCCAACUCGGGGUUUGGGUGCCCUGCCGAUACACACCGCUGCUGCUUGGGGUCGACUGGACUGUCUGCGCGCUUUGCUACACCAUUCAAGGCGGGGUCCUAACGGAUUCUGUGCUACGACUCCGGAAGCAGAACAGGAUGUCAGCACCAGUUCGACUUGCUCACCUGAUCUACUCAGAGAUGUGGGUCAGUCAGCAAUCAAUCACCAAUCGCACUCUUGUCGUGUGGAUGGACUGCCAGCUACCUAUCAGUUUCCGUUUUGUUUGGAUCAGAUGGAUUCCUACGGCUUGACGCCGCUGAUGUUGUCCGUCAUCAACGGCCACGUUGAAGUUGUCCGCGAACUCCUUCGAUUCGAGGUUCCUGUUCAGCGGCUACCUGGCCAAUACGAAUUGUCUACGCCUCAGUGUGUUGGCGAUGAACUUCCGUACAUAGAGCCAUCCCCUCAACCGAGUGAAACGGAAACAGAGCAUUCGGAACGUUGCAGCAUUGUGUCACUCAAGCGCACCAUUUGCCCGGUUGAUCUGAGACGUACCGUGUCCGUUUGUUGGGAAUGGGCGUAUUCAGACCAGUCUUCCACAGAUGUGUGUGCUCGGCUUACCGUCCAUCCGUCUGGCAGUCACUGUCAAGACAACUUUAGCAGUAUUUGUGGGCAGUUCAAUGCCCUGCAUCUGGCGGUCCUCUCAGGCAAUGUGGAAAUGGUCAGAUUGCUCGUGAGUGACUACUUCACAGAUGAUGUCAAUGUGACUGCCGGUCAAUGCGUGCAUUUGGUGAGUGAUAGUUUGACCGAAUUCUCGAGUCCAGCGCCUCGUCGUGAGAUCGCUCUUACCCCGCUGGGUCUGACUUGCUACCUGGCUGAGUUAUGCCCUGAGGCUGCUUAUGAUAUAGCCGACCUUCUCCUCGAUGCUGGUGCAUUCGACGAAGCACAGACAAUAUUCCACCUUGCAGUUCUCCGUCGCCACUAUCGUUUGGCCGGACUGCUGCUCACCAAGCACGUGAUAGCCCCUGUCAGUCCAACUACCGGGCUGCAAGGAUUGCACUUGAAUCUAUCCCAUAAGUGUCUCGGAUCGAACACCAUUAGCCCGUCCAUGUGGUUGUUGUUGAACGGACUGGUUUCCGAAUGGGUCGUCCGGAUGGCUUCAACAUUCACAGGCCUGGAGGCGUUCUCAUCGAUCACGAAGGUUUCACUAUCUCACUGUGGGCUCCAAGUGUUACCAUUGUGUCUUUUGUACGACCUACCCAAUAUUCAGGAGGCUGAUCUUAGUUGGAACCACAUCACAGAUCUUCCUUCAGAACCGCCGAAUCUUCGAUCGGCUUGCUUCCAGUGGGCCAGUUCACUCACCUACCUGGACUUGUCACAUAACAACCUACGAUCUCUUCCGCCGUGGCUUUUUGGAAAUACCCAUCUAGCGCUCGGUCACAAUGGAACCACGACGCCUGAAAGAUCUACCCAGUCUUUGGAUCGCCUCCCAUCCCACUGUCCCGCUACACAUUGUCACACUUUGGGCUCUAUCAGUCAUCUGAUGCUAUCGAACAAUCAAUUGUCAACGUUGCCGGGUGAGAUGUGGCUUUCAGGAACCAUACUGUUUCUGGAUCUGAGCUGGAACGCUUUGAAGUACUUGCCUGCUCCACCCGACCUAGACACAAACGGACGGUCUGCCAGCUUCACAGCGCUAGACGUGAGUAUUCCACCUGUUCUGCUUCGGGCCACGUCUGACGGUGUCUCUAGCCGUCUCGGAGUCCCCAUCCAGGAGACGACAAUAACCACCUCAACUGAGUUUGCUAGUAAUUACUUUCAUACUUCUCUGCCAAGUCAUUGCUUGACCCCGGCCUGUUUCCACCCUUCACGUGGUUGUGCGAAAAAAACACUUCGAAGAAGUGUCGACUGGCAUAGGCAGCACGUGGCCAAGCCAGCGCAAUCUAUGGAGUGCGAUCAGUUCAUCUAUCGAUGCUUGAACCAACAGAUUUCGGUGUUGUCUUAUGCGCAGACACUUGUGAUUCAAAGUUCGCCGAUCCUCAACCGAGGCGAGUGGCCCAAGUGGCUAGAGCGCGAACUUACUGACCGGAAGGUCCGUGGUUCGAAUCCGACCUCCACCUCUCGACUUCCCCUGUCUAGGCUUGGGCAACCUGGCAGUAUCCCAGCCCUCGUGCCUCCUUCGUGUCGCAUGGCAGCAACUAACCGUAGCUUAAUCAUACUACCUGUCAGCCGCUCAUGGCCGGACAGUUUGACCCUCAACUACUCGCCACGAUGUAGCAGGUUUGAAUAUCUCCGGAGGUUCGGGAUUCCCAUUAAGGAUGAGACCAUGCUUCCCAACAACUCUGUAAAGAAGGCAAUCCAUGGCUGCGUCCCCAAUGCACUUUCCCCGGUCUUUUGUCUUCAAUCUGAACCCACCCGGAAUGCCGACAGGAUGGAUUUCACAGCCUCCUCUGUGAGUCUUUCCGGUCCACAUUCCGUACUGAAGUAUUUGUGGCUUCAGCACAACAAGUUGAAGACUCUCAUGCCCCAACGAUCCAACUGCCCGCGUGUCUCAGAAACCGUACCACCUGCAUCCAGCACCUUGUUGGCCCAUUUGGCACCCUGUUUACAACACCUGGAUGCGAGUCACAAUAGACUGAAAAGCGUCCCAUCGUGUGAUUUCUUCCCAACGUCUUUGGUCCAUUUGGAUUUAAGUCACAAUCGUAUCAGUGAUUUGUGGCACAUGUCUUCCGGAAGCCGUUCAAGAGUUCGACAUCGACAUUCCAAGCGAGACGGGGUUCAGAAGAUGAGCUCUGGAAGUUUUGACAACACCGCGACAAAUGACCUUCGUGUGGCUAUCUCUGGAGCAAAAGUUGAUGGUAAAGAAACACUUUCCGAUCUGGAACAUUUGAAUCUUCGUGGGAAUCGACUGGAGACGUUCAAUCCAUGUCUGACAAGUGCUCGAUUGUCCACACCCUCACAGUGCCGCUGUUGUCCAAGUGAGCUCAACUCGGUCCUCUGUUCGGCAAGUAGACGUGCACAAUUGGUUGACGACUACUGCGAUCCCCUCGUACGAUCUACGCGCUUUCCGGCUUUGAAAACACUUGAUUUGGGCAACAAUUCCCGUCUGAAGGAUCUACAUCCAAGUGUCACAGAUUUGUAUAAUUUGCGGCAGCUGUUUCUUGAUGGAUGUACUUCUCUGACCACGCUUCCGGCCGAGGCAUUUGUACACGGUUCUUUAUUCCUUUUCCAGUUGCCUGCAGAUUUGUGGCAUCUGUCAAAAUUACACACCCUGUAUCUGCAUAAAACUCCGUUCGACCAUUAUCUGAGACGCACACCAAUCACACCUGGUGCGGUCGAUCCGGUGAAACGACCGGCCUCUUCAAGUGACUCGAAUACCAUGCAAUCUGUUUUGGACAGAUUCCAAAAGUUGUCCCACGGCGCACGCUCUGUUCUUGCCACCUGUCGUGCCUCUAAUUCAUCACUUCAUAGAUUGCGUCCCAACACCGAGGCGCGUCUGAUGGUUGUCGGUCCGCGCGGUGCCGGCAAGACGUCCCUGGUCCAGCUGCUGCACGCAGUUGAGGAGCACACGGAGGAUGAUUGGUGUCUGUGGAAGAAGCUCAAGCGGCCUCGUAUGUUCCGAUCCAGAGUAAGUGCCAGGUCUUCCGGUCCUCAGGCCUCCACGGGAUGCUCGGGCGAACUCACUGACCUUUCGUUCGACGCAACCGCCGACCCUUCCCCUGUUGUGCAUGUCAGUCGCAUGGUUGUCCAUCGCCCACCGGCGGCCGAUGGAACCACUGCCAUGGCAUCGCUAGAUGUCGCUUCCAAUUGGUGUGAGGAUGUAACUUUCAACAUCUGGGAUAUUGGCGAUCCGAACCCAUCUCCUUUACUUGCCUGGGAACGCACCACCAGUGGCUCACAGAGUUCUCCCGUCGCCAAUAAUGUUACGUCAGAAACGAUGACGCUGAUUGAGCAAUCUCUAUACUGCCCUGUUUCAGUAUUUAUCAUUGUUUGGCGUGUGUCAGAUGGCGUGGAUGGGCUGAAUCAAGCUACUCAAUGGUUAAUGGACAUUCAGGCCAAGGUUCGAACAGCUCCAGUCAUCCUCGUAGGCACCCAUGUGGAUGGUCUACAACCAGAUAUCACCGGUGUCCGAGGUCUUUUGCGGAACCCGCGUUCAAGCACCCCGUCACUGACGCCCGAGUUUAUCAACUCACUUGUUCGAGCGCGGUUUUCCACUUCGAACGACCUGGCUUCCUUUGGCUUACCACGCUUGUACGGUCAUGUGUUGUUGGACCUACGACCCCAGUCGAACGAGAACUUGCGCAGUCAACUAGCGGAACUUCUAAGCGUCAUUCACAAGGCAGCCAAUACAAUCCAGCUUUCAAGUAAUUUGGUUGGAGCUGCUGUCCCGGUUUUUUCUGUUUAUUUGCACCAUACUGUGUUGCUGAACACAAAGUCGAGUUGUGCACAGCCGCAUACUUUCCCCUGCUCUCUCUACUGCCUUCUUCCAGGUCGUGCUGCCGCGGCCAUGAUGUUGGGGUCACGUCCGUCCCUCCGUCUUCUUGGUCUCAACUUACCGGAAUUGUACCGCCAGGCACUUACCUGUACACACCAGAUUGCGGCCGAACUACACCACACACUUCAAAUACCUGUCCUCCCCCGAGAAAGAUUCAUUUUCGAGUUGCACAAGCGUUUGUGCCAACAACCGGACCCCCCUCCGAUCCCUGUCACUUCAGAACUCCACAGCUUCCCCAGCGACAGCGAAGACCCGACUCCCCCUAAUCGUGCACGGUCUCCAGUUUUCCUUUCUACCCGAUCACAUGGCUUCCGAUCAGUAGCUGAAUCGCAUGCAGUCUUGGUAUUUUUAAACGAUUUCGGGCAUUUGUUGCACUUCAACGAUCCUGCGCUGUCAUCCUUCGUUUUUCUGUCUCCAGCCUGGCUGAUUCAGUUGCUUCUCCGGUUGUUCACCCGUUUGCAUCGUACAAGACGUAUGAACACUGCUCUGAUUCGUCGAAGCGCGUUCUCAGAGACGCCAACCGGUGAUCAGUUUCCCGUGUCAGGACAUACACGGUCAUCAUCCGAACUACCUUGGUUACAAAGUCCAAGUUCGAAUACAGCUGUCAUUACCGAAUCAGAUCUAGCUGACCUGGUCGUGCAGUGUUUGGACAAACCAUAUCAAAUCGCUCAAACUGAUUCCGACAUCAGCCUCCUUCUUGAAGCGAUUGUUCCGCUUCUCCUAAAAUUGGAACUCGCCCUGAGACUGGACGACAAACGUGUGUUGUUACCAUCUUUGUUGUCCACGCGUUCCGUGCGAAGCCAACAACUAAUCUCCUAUGUCUCACCAACAUCAGCCUACGGUUCUGCUGCGGAAUUGGCAGCGCCUACGCGUGCGGUUCGAGUGUCCUGGGACGACUUAUCGGGUCGGAAAGGCAACUCAACAUCGGAUGCCCUCCGUUCGGACAGCAGUGCUGACAUUCCUACCCGAACUGCCUCCCUGCAUCGGAUCUCGGAGGUCAUUCCCCGGCCACAAAAACCAUCUAACCUGGUUCAUCGCUGGCCACGAAGACGUAAGCCUAAUCGCUCUCCAACCACUGUCACAUGGUCCGUACAGACUGUCGCAAGUGAGGAAAUUGUCCGACUCUACACGUUGACUUACAUCCCUUCGGGGUUUUGGACUCGUUUGGCUUCCCGGCUCCUGAGCGACCGCAAUAUUGAUCACAUAUGCAGCGUUUUCACUUUCAUCAUCAUUCUGUCUCCUUUCAGCAAGAUGUAUUCCAUCUCGCAGUCGAUAGGGCAGUUGUCCACGGAAUCCGGUUUGGAAAUGGAUAAACCCGAGUGGACCUUGUGGAAACAUGGAAUGCGUCUGUCGUUGGCCGACGGUCUGAUUGGUCUUGCUCGCCUCCAGCAAUUCACCAGGGCCAACUGCGCCCUUCACAGAUGUAAUCCACCAGACUACUUCCUACGUUUUGAAGCCCUUCCUCACUCUCCCACCCUGCAGCCUUAUUGGUUAACUGACCCACGUGAACAGGAUCGAUCUCCUGGUAGGAAAAGGCGUGCUCCCACUUGGUACACGGAUGAGUGGGAGGAGGUUGCCGCGGUGGAGGGCGAAGACGUCCUGGCAGAACCCGGUCAAAGUGACUCGGCGAACACUGCGGAUCAAUUAGCCUACCGCUCGGGGAUUGUUGGAGCUGCGCGGAAUACCUAUCACGACCGCGACACCCAUCUGCUGCGCUGGUUGCCUUUCAUCAAGUCAGGAGAUUCUAAACCGCUCAGUUUCGCAGGCAACCAUCGGGAACCGAUCAAAACUCAUCCUCAUCUGGCCUCCGACUUUACCGUUCAGUCCAAUGGUUCGCUUGUAUCAGAGAACUUUGACUACUUCCUACGUUUUGAAGCCCUUCCUCACUCUCCCACCCUGCAGCCUUAUUGGUUAACUGACCCACGUGAACAGGAUCGAUCUCCUGGUAGGAAAAGGCGUGCUCCCACUUGGUACACGGAUGAGUGGGAGGAGGUUGCCGCGGUGGAGGGCGAAGACGUCCUGGCAGAACCCGGUCAAAGUGACUCGGCGAACACUGCGGAUCAAUUAGCCUACCGCUCGGGGAUUGUUGGAGCUGCGCGGAAUACCUAUCACGACCGCGACACCCAUCUGCUGCGCUGGUUGCCUUUCAUCAAGUCAGGAGAUUCUAAACCGCUCAGUUUCGCAGGCAACCAUCGGGAACCGAUCAAAACUCAUCCUCAUCUGGCCUCCGACUUUACCGUUCAGUCCAAUGGUUCGCUUGUAUCAGAGAACUUUGACGGUUUGCAAUCGACGUGUCUCAUCGAGUUGUACCUACCCUGUCACCGACUGAUCCGCCGUCAACGUCCAAGCAAUGGUUGGUCCACAAAACCGCAGCUAUUGAAUGCUGCGAAUUCGGUGCCAGAUUUGUAUAUGGAAACCGGGGAUUGUGUCAGACCGAACCGGGAGGCUAUUGCGCAGCUACUCACUACGCUAGUGGACCACAUUGAUCGUCUUCUGGAAGAUUGGUAUCCAGACUUGGGUGUUCGGUUUCGUCAAUCUACCGAGGGGAUCUAUCUGGUAGAUCGAAUAAUUCCUUGUUGUUCAUGUUUGUGUGCUCGCGCAUCGCCGUCCCGGAACAAGUUCCUCACAAAACCGAGAAACAAACCUGAUCGGCCAGUCUCCGAAGGACGCCGCCUGCAAAAAAGGCUGCAGAAUGGAAGCAUACCUGACCUUCGAGCCAAUAGAUCUUUCAACGAGGAUGGGUUUUCUGUACACUUCCAACGUAGUCUUUCAACUGAUCGAACCACCAAUCCAAUCCGAUCAGCUUCUUCCAACCAGCUGGACAGAAUGGACUCAGCAAAUCUGGUUGUGGGCAUCAGUUCAACGGAUCAUCACAUUGCCGUUCAGGAUCCCAUUCCAAAGGAGAUCCGUCGAAAACGUUUCUUCCAUCGCGCGCACUCUGCCGAGGCGGAACUUUUAUCCACCAAUGAUGGUCAGCUGUCUGACGAGCGCCGACUAUACGCGAUCCGACUCAGUGAAUACAUUCAUUGGCUCACAGUGCAUCCCCGGUCGCAGUCGACCUGUGCCAACAUGGAUAUACCUAACAGAUUGCUUUCAGACGCGUCGCUACUCUACUGCCCAAUCCAUCCUUCUACACCGUUCCAGGCACCAGACUUGCACUUUGAAGAUGUAAGUCGAACGUUACUGGUCCCCGCUGAUGCGGUACAAUUGAUGCGUUUUCUCGGCCGUGGCGCGUUUGGCUCAGUGUUUUCCGGUCAAUAUACCAGGGUAGCGGGAUCUGCAAAGCCUCGCGGGACCGUGGAUGUGGCCGUAAAAUUAACUACUCCGGUACACCCAAGGCUUGAGGACACUCGUGACUAUUUGGAACAGUCGUCCUGGAAUUUGGACCAUCGCCGCGAAAUUGUCCAACUCAACGGGACAACCAACAACAACAACAACGCACAGCUCCGUGAUGCUCUGGCACUUUAUCGCCAGGAGCAACGGCGGUGGUCCGAUAAUUCCGUCGAAGCGUGUACAACGGCUUACUUGGAAAUUCGAGCUGAACUGAAUAUGCUCGAACGAAUUCGUGGAUCGGACAACUCGAAGGGCUUGCGAAAAUUUCAACCGAAAUCCCAAGUACUUCUUGGUUCCAGCGGUUCUCGAUUUGCCACAGCCUAUCAAAUACGCAAACGAUCGCUUGUUCAACUGCGUAGCAACGAGGAGCGGUCGCAGGAGGUGGAUCAGCGGCAUGAACCAGAACCCCAGCAUCCUGCUUUACCGCCGUAUCUGCUCCUUUGUCUUGGACUUCUGUCUCCAAACCCCCUUGGACUUUUGAUGCCUCUGGCGCCGAACGGGACCUUGGCUGCCUAUCUGAAACGUCUGGAGGAUUACUCUACGUCGAACCAGAUUGGUUCGUGUGACCCACAACGCCAGAAGAAUGCCGUCCAAUAUAUGCACCCAAUGCACCCGCUCACCAUGAUGUCCAUCAUAUAUCAGGUUUCCACAGCCCUGGCUCAUCUCCAUGGCUUGCAUAUCGUUCAUCGUGACGUCAAGACAGACAAUCUACUAGUGUGGACGCUUCCAUCUCUACCAAGUCACAGUACAGGCCGAAUUAUGUUAGAUAGCGACCCACGUUUGGUGCACAUUGUCCUCAUCGACUACGGUGCUAGCCAGCACACAUCACCUUCGGAUGGAUAUCGCGGUUACGUUGGAACUGCUGGCUAUAUGGCACCGGAAAUUCUACGUUAUCUGGGAGAAGAGACAUAUACGGAAAAAGUUGAUAUCUACUCGCUAUCUAUACUAAUCUGUGAACUGAUCAAACUUGCACCUGCCUAUCGACAAUCUCCAUCCACACGAUUCGAUAUGGUCCAACGGGUCUUGUCAAACCAACGACCAGACAUACCUGUCCAUUACACCUCUCGUUGUCCGGUGCAUCUGCUCGAACUUAUGUCCCUUUGUUGGUCUGGUGAUCCGAACCAGCGCCCAUCCGCGCAUGCCAUAUCACAGCUCACAGCACCUUGGUGGUCACCCGAGUUGACUGACAUCCCUUGGAUUCGUAGUCCACCCAGAUGUGAUGUACGAAGGUCCGUAGAGAUUACCGAUCGAUCGCAAAACUGCAGCUAUCCCGUACCCAUCAGCGUGCUUCCUCACGUUCGCGUGGCUCAUCGCCUUGAAUCCCUGGACGUGGUUACAUGUGCGCUAAUCGAUCCUUUGCAAAAUCUCUGGCUCGGUGGAUACCGCUGUCGCGAUGGCGAUCAUCAAUCUUGUCCAAACAAGCCCGUGGAAAAGGCAUCUGAAAAGAUGGGCUUACUUCUGAUGCUUCCGGCCAGCCUGUUUAUCCAAAAUCCACCAUCUGCAACUGAGAAAGCUCGACUGGUGGACCGCUACUCAACGGGGACAAUAUUUGCUUGGCCAGUGGGUUGGUCAAAACUCGGUUUUAGGAAUAUCACCAAGCUGACUGCCAACAGCCUCGACGGACAUCUUCCUGGCGCUACAUGUAGUGGUUUUUGCUGGCCCGAGGCUCUUUGUACAACAGCUGGGUUCUCAGAGAAAUCCACACCAUUUCUAGUGAAUUGUAUCACAUCUGGAGGAGAUCUUAUCGUCUACCGCUAUCCAAAUUUGGACUGCUUGAUGCGGACUCGGUUAUACUCUGUGCAUUCGGAACAGCCGUUUUCUCUCCGCCCUGGGCGUUCUGACCCGUUCUUCAGCUCUUUUGGCGAGAGACGGGCUCUUUCCAUGUGCACCUUUGCGAUGGACACCACACGAUCUAGUCGGAGGGAUCGCCGAGGAUGUUAUGAACUGAUUGCACUCGUGCAUCCCACCACCCUGGUGCUCGUCCAUGCUAGCGUGAAUGACACAGAUUUAGAACUUUGCAACCGUGUUCGAUUCUGUGGUUCCACGAUGGUCCCACUGACCAACGGAACGGUCUAUUGCGGUUUGUCGCUAUCCGAAAUCAGUACACCGCAGUUCUGGUUCGGUCAGUCCGGCGGGCAUAUAUCAUGUUACUCGUGCGACUGGCUCACUGUCCGGGAACAGAAUAAACAGGGACAGUUCGCCAAGCCUACCCUGCGUUUCCUGGAGUCGUGGUCCGCCGCACCCGGUGGUUGUGUGAAGCAGUCACGUGUCACAACCCUCUUGUUAGAACCUAGAAACCGGGACGCAAUGCAGACGACGGACACCGAGCGAGAUGCGCGCGUAUGGAGUUAUCUAGAACCUGUCACACCUGAAACCACCUGCUUGUUCCGGCGCUCAUUUUUUUCUGCAUUUCUUCCUCCAGAACAUGUACUAACCUGUUGGUCUGUACUCACGCGAACAUCUUGCCGGACGGUAUCCAUUUCGACCGCCUUUCCGCCACUCUCUCCACCCACCCCGUCUCCGGCAUUUCAUCCAGGACUAAUUAAAUCAGGUUCACUACCAGCUGUUCGACAAAUGAAACUGCUUGCCCCGUCAAGCCUCUUCCUUAUGACUGGUUCUGGUGAUUUGGUACAUCUCAACCUUCGGGACAGUAAUCUUUCACCCCAUGUUCUGCGUUGUCACACGACGCCACGGUCUCCCGAUGAGUAUGGCGCUAUCCUGUUACCAAAUCUCGGCGGCAAACACCCUCUACUUUUCACAAUUCACCGAGGUUACCGCAAUCCGUUGGCAACUAUGCUCAAUGCCCGAAGCCCGAAACAUGACCCCACGCACACUGACCACCAUCAUUUUCAUUUAGUCUGUUUCUUUUACGAUCGAUAUUUGUUCCCACAUGGGCGACUAUUCGAGGUCGCUUUCUAA